AUGUUCCGUCAGGAUCUAAAAAUCGAUGAGGAUGAUAGAAAUGAAUUCAAAAUGCACUCGAAAAAUGUAUUGCCAGAAAUUUCAAAAUCAAAAUAUGAAAGAAAUAAAAACGGUAGAAUAAUGAGAUUGAAUCAACCAAACAGCAAAGUAAUUUGUGCAUUUCUGAAUACUAAAGGAGGGCGAUUAUUUCUUGGCGUCAACGAUAACGGGAGGAUAACUGGCCUGAAACUGACAGAGUUUCAGUUAGACCAUGCAAUUUUAUCUUUGAACCAUACACUCGAGUCUUUCACCCCUCCUGUUCCUGCCAACCUAAUUCGAUUCAAUUCCAUCAAACUACGCAAAACAGAAGAAGAUUCUUCGAACUAUGACGAGAUCUCCGAUGUUUUUCUCAGUGAAGCAGCAGGGACUCUAGAACACGUCAUAGGGAAACCGUUUUGUUACUGUUCGAACACUUCUGAUCAUCAAGCUUCACAAUAUUUGAUUAUAAUUACUGUUGAACGAGCCAGAAAGAACAUCUGGUACCAAAACGAAGAAGGACUUGUUUAUAUCCGCAGAAAUGGAUCAAAUAUGUUGUUAACGAUGGAUACAUUGAGGCUUUUCGAGAAAAAUCUGUUCACAUCUGAAUGUUCCCCUUUCCCAAUAUACAAACUGAAGAUGACUAUUUGGGAUCAUUUAUUCGAAAAUUUCCUACAACUGUUUUUCUCCAUCGGAAAUGGUCGCAAAUGUUCACCAGUAGAAUGCUAA